CCCCUGCUUCCCUUGCACACCCCACAGUCAAGAUGAGCUCCGAAACCAACGGCACCGCCGAGAGAUUCGCCAUCGGUAUCUCCUUUGGCAACUCCUCCAGCUCUAUUGCCCGCCUGAACGCCGAAGGCAAGGCUGAAGUUAUUGCCAACGAGGAGGGAGACCGUCAAAUUCCAUCCGUCCUCUCUUACAUUGAUGGCGAGGAGUACCACGGUACCCAGGCCAAGGCCCAGCUUAUCCGCAACUCCAAGAACACCGUUGCCUACUUCAGAGAUUACCUUGGCAAGGACUUCAAGUCGAUAGACCCCACUCCCUGCCACAACUCUGCCCACCCUCAACAGAGCGACUCCACCGUUGCUUUCUCCAUCAACGACACCACCGCUGAGACCCCCAACACUGUCACCGUCUCCGAGAUCACCACCCGUCAUCUCCGCCGCCUGAAGCAGUCCGCCUCCGAUUUCCUUGGAAAGCAGGUCACCGCCGCUGUUAUCACUGUCCCCACCGACUUCAAGGAUGCUCAGCGUGAGGCUUUGAUUGCCUCUGCCAACGCUGCUGGCCUGGAGGUCCUCCAGCUCAUCCACGAGCCCGUUGCUGCCGUCCUCGCCUACGAUGCUCGUCCCGAGGCUGUUGUGACCGACAAGCUGGUUGUUGUUGCUGACCUCGGUGGCACCCGUUCCGAUGCCGCUGUCGUUGCUUGCCGCGGUGGCAUGUACACCAUUCUCGCCACUGCCCAUGACUACGAGCUGGGAGGUGCUACCUUGGACAAGAUCGUCAUUGACCACUUCGCCAAGGAGUUCAUGAAGAAGCACAAGACCGACCCCCGGGAGAACGCCCGCGGCUUGGCCAAGUUGAAGCUGGAGGGUGAGGCUACCAGGAAGGCUCUGAGUCUCGGUACCAACGCCACUCUCAGCAUUGAGAGUCUCGCUGACGGCAUCGACUACGGUUCCACUGUCAACCGUACCCGUUACGAGCUGCUGUCUGGCAAGGUGUUCGCUCAGUUCACCGGCUUGAUUGACCAGGUCGUCAAGAAGGCUGGUCUGGAUGUCUUGGACAUUGAUGAGGUCAUCUUCGCUGGUGGUACUUCUCACACUCCCAAGAUUGCCCAGCUGGCCCGCAACAUCUUCCCCGAGACUACCAAGAUUCUCGCCCCCUCCACCUUCGUCGGUGCCAUCAACCCCUCCGAGCUUGCCCCCAGAGGUGCCGCUAUCCAGGCUUCUCUGAUCCAGGAAUUUGAGAAGGAGGACAUUGAGCAGUCCAUCCACCCCAUGGUCACUGCCACCCCCCACCUCCAGAACGCCAUUGGUGUCGAGUUCACCUCCGGAGAGACCGUUGACUUCAAGUCUCUCCUGAACGCCGAGACUGCUCUCCCCGCUCGCCGUCUUGCUCAGUUCCCUGCCCCCAAGGAGGGUGGUGAUGUCUUCAUCCGUGUUUGCGAGGGUGUCCGCGAGAUCAAGGUUACCAAGCCCGAGCCCAAGCCUAAGGAGGAGAAGCCCGCCAAGGAUGACGAUGAGGAUGACUCCGACUUCGACUCCGACGAGGACGAGGAAGAGGAGGAGACCCGUGAGAUUGUCUGGAAGACCGAGAAGCCCAUUGCUGAGCUGGCCGUCAAGGGCGUCAAGGCCGGCAGCAAGGUCGAGCUGAUGAUUCACGUCAACGCUGACCUGGGUCUGCAGAUCACGGCCAAGGAAGUUGGCGGCCAGAGCGCCGUCCGCGGUGCCGUUGAGGCUCCCAAGGCCUAGAUCUCUUCUUAACCUAUAAUUUCCUUGCUCAUAUAUCUCUGAUCAUCCCAAGACUUAUAACGAUGCUUUUUCUUCUAUGAAUCGAUCUAGAAUUAUAUAACCUGAUCUGUUGAACUGUUCUGUUUUUCCUGUGGCUGGAUUGGGGCUCACCCUCUGUUUAUGCGUCCUUGGACCGGGCAGGACAAAGAGCAUGCGUUCGGCAUUCUGUCUUGCCAUGACUUAUUGAUGAUGAAUGUAUCAAUGAAGGCUUCUGAAAAGUACAUAGAGCUGUUUUGAAGCAUAAUAGAAAACGAUGGGUUUUCU